GUGUGCACCACUAAAACUCUGCAGCAAUGGCUGAAGUUUGCUGUGGCUGAGUCCCAUGUACAGAUCUCGCCAUGCCUGUCCCUGACCAUGCUUGCACCGCUGCCCCCUCAAACCGACGAUGAUGUUAUCGACACCUUCUUGGCUGCGCCGGCCCUGCCCCCAGCGCCGGCCCUGCCCCCAGCGCCGGCUGCACCAGUGGCACCCCCAAGUGCGAUCACAGAUGAUCUGGCCUUGGAAGAUUUUCUCGCAAGCCCUCCAGUGAAAGAUGACGCGGUCCUCUCCGCCUGCCUGGGCCCACCGCCGGUACCCCGCGAUGACCUGGUGAUGGCCGCCUGUUGCGCCCCGCCACCGCCCAGGGACGAUGUCAUCAUGGCCAGCUGCAUGGCUGCGCCCCCGGUGCCGGUGCCAUCGGCGCCGCCGGUGCCGUUCUACGACCCCCUGGCGGCGCCACCGUGGCCGCGGAUCCUGGCACCGUCCCUGCGGCAGCAGCGCCAGGAGCGGAUGAAUCCCUUAGGCUCAGGCGGUUGGCGCUCAGGGCUGUCAGUGGUGCAGGAGGAUUUUCCCAGACAAACCAGUACAGAUGACUUCCUCCUGAAAGCCAUCCUGGAUGAUGCCUUAGCGCCCUCGCCGGCCACCACGCUGGGCACCCUGGGCACGCUGGGCGCGCGGGGCGCACGGGGAUAUCAGGUGCCUCCUGGAAGCCCUUUGAACUCCCAGGAGUCACAGGACGACCUCGCCUUAGCCAGCAUCUUGGGCUCCCCUAAGCGCGCCCGCGGCAGCGGCGCGCUCCUGCGGCUGCUUGGGCGCUUGGACGGGGCCGGCGUGGAGGGGACCUGGCAGAGCAGACGAACGCCCAAGGCGAAUCGGAGGAAGGAUGCGCUGAGUCAAGUCCUUGAGUCCUUGUCGCCCUCGGCCGAUGAUGUGGCGCUGGCCAAAGUGCUGGGUCAGUCGCAAGCGCCGCAGAUUCCACGAUCGGUGCUUUUGUCGAAGGUCUCGGACCUGUUGGAGCGCCACUGCGCCGUGCGCCGCCUGCACCAGGCGGAGCUGGUCUGCGGGGGCGCCCGGGGCCCGGCGCCCAACCAGUUCUGCCAACCCGUGGGGCUGGCCGUAGCACCGGAUGGCACUCUCUAUGUGGCUGACUGCGGCAACCGCCGCGUGGUGCGCGUAGGUCCCGAGGUGGAGGUCUUUGGGGAGGGCUGGCCGAAUCCCAUUGACGUGGUUUUUGCAGAGACGGCGGCAGGAAGUUGUUUGCUGGUCUCGGCUGGGAAUGGCGCUCAUCUCUUGGAUCCGGAGACAAAGAGCUUCGACGUGGUGGCCGAGGGAUGCCUCCCGGCGGGGCUGGCCUUGGAGGCCUCUGGCAGCCUCCUCUUCGCCGAUGCCUACGACCACUGCGUGGUUCGCUGCGCCUGGCGCUCCGGUGGCGCCUCCCGGAAGGUCGUCGCUGGCGGCGCUGGCGGCCGGGAAACGCGGCUCCAGCGUCCCUUCGCAGUGGCGCUGGACUUGGACGGGUCGUUGCUGGUCUGCGACAGUGGGCAGCACCGGAUUCUGCGCUUCCAGCGCUCGGGCGACACCUAUGCGGCUACGGGAGAGGUGAUCUGCGGCGGUGAACAUGGCAAGGGCCUGCACCAACUGAGCUACCCUCGCGGAUUGGCACUCGAGCCAGGCAGCGGUGCCCUGCUGAUCGCCGACACCUUCAACCACCGGCUGCUGCGUUGGCGUCGCGGCCAGCGCCAGGGGGAGCUGCUCUUCGGGCGCCGGGGGCAGCAGCUGGACCAGCUGAACCGUCCCACGGCCGUGGCCUUCUGCCGCAAGCGGCAGCGACUGCUGGUGGCCGACUCCGGGAAUCAUCGGAUUCUGAGCGUCCCGCUGUAGGCGCAAGCCCGCUAUAGGCCGGCUGUUGCUAUGAUCACUGCAGGUAAGGUGCUACUUAGUG